UUCAACGACUAAAAAAAGGAUAAUUAGUAAACUUAAUUAUAAAUUUAAAAUUGAAAUUGAUUAUUUAAUUGAAUUGUCAUGUUUAAGCUUAGAGAAUAAUAUUUUCGAAUUAGAUUUUAUUUCAGAAUAUUUAACCGGGAAGAAGCCUUACUCUAUUUGCGGGAACAGAAACUCAGAAAAGCUUGGCGCCAAAUUGCAACCUGUUGCCGCAAUUCUGCGCGCCAAAACCAAUAGUACCCGCCAUUUUUCUGCGCUCCGUUAUACAUCCGGGCCUUCUUGUUCACUCCCCUUCCAUUCCCAUCGCCUCGCAUGGCUCCCAAAAUCCCAUUCAGGAGGCGGACCCACGCUCCCCCCUACACCUCCCCUCCGUCCUGCGCAAAGGCGAGUCGCUUCGAAACCAUCUUGUGCGAGGAAUGCCACUCCGGCGACAACGACGACGAGCUCCUCCUCUGCGACAAGUGCGAUCGAGGGUUCCACACCUUCUGCCUCCGCCCCAUCCUCGCUUGCGUCCCUAAGGGCCUUUGGUUCUGCCCCUUGUGCUCCGCCGACAGGAAACCCAAGCAAUUCCCUCUGGUCCAGACCAAGAUCGUUGAUUUCUUCCGGUUACAACGGUCCUCGGGACCAGAAGAUUUCGGGUCCAGGAAGAGGAAGAAGCGGUCAGGAGGAUUGGUAAUGUCAAAGAAGAAGAGAAAGCUUCUACCUUUCAACCCUAGUGAGGAUCCGGACCGGAGGCUGGAGCAGAUGGCGUCUCUGGCCACUGCUUUAACGGCCACCGGGGCCGUGUUCAGCAAUGAGCUCACCUACCGCCUCGGAAUGGCUCCAAGGUCAGCUAAUUUCGCAUGCUCUGAGAAAGGAGGGAUGCAGGUGUUGUCUAAGGAAGACACUGAAACCUUGAACCUGUGUAAGAAAAUGAUGGAGAAGGGAGAAUGGCCUCCUCUGAUGGUGGUUUAUGAUCCUCUUGAAGGAUUCACAGUGGAGGCUGAUAGGUUCAUCAGGGACCUAACCAUCGUAACAGAGUAUGUCGGCGACGUUGAUUACCUGAAGAAUAGAGAACACGACGAUGGCGAUAGCAUGAUGACAUUACUUUCAGCCGAGGAUCCUUCAAAGAGCCUUGUGAUAUGCCCUGAUCAGCGAAGCAACAUUGCCCGCUUCAUCAAUGGCAUCAACAACCACACAAGGGAUGGAAAGAAGAAACAGAAUCUCAAAUGUGUCCGGUUCAGCGUGAAUGGCGAGUCUCGCGUUCUUCUGAUUGCGAAUCGAGAUAUAACGAAGGGCGAGCGGCUGUAUUACGACUACAACGGCAGCGAACAAGAAUACCCAACCGGGCAUUUUGUGUAAAAUUAAGGCUCUCUUUCUCCCAAGUUCAUACUUUACGAUUUUGGUGGGGCAAUUGGACAAAACAAUAGGAUGAUUACAGCCAAAAUGUUGUUCGCAGCAGUAAAUUCUUAGCAACAAAUGUGUUUCAUGUGAGAUUGCUAACCUGUCUGAGCUAAUAGAGGGAGAGUAGGAAAAAACGAACAACCUUUGUGGCAAAUCACUACGAUUUUACGCCACUAUUUUAAGCUCGUGUAAAAGAUCCGUAAAGCUCUCUUUCCAAAUUGCACUUCUUUACGACGACACUCUU